AUGUCAUUUAAAUAUACACUAGCAAUAAUCAAACCCGAUAUUUUAGUUAAACAAAACCAAAAAAUUCCAAAAAUAUUAGAAUUAAUCGAAAGCAAAUUUAUAAUACACGAAAAGAAACAAUUAAACCUAACUAUCGAGCAAGCUGAACAAUUCUAUAGCGAUCAUAGAGGAAGAUUCUUUUAUGAACGAUUAGUUUCAUUUAUGACAAGAGGUCCUAUCAUACCUUUAAUUCUAUCAGACAAAUCAAUAACUGAUCAUGAUAAAACCAGUUCAAGUAUUAAAAGCUGGAGAGAUUUUAUAGGUCCAACUCACAGAGAUAAAGCAAGGGAAGUAGAUUGUUUAAGGGGUACUUUUGGUUCAUCCGAUACUAGAAAUGCUUUUCAUGGAUCAGGUUCAGAAGAGGAAGCCAUAAAAGAAAUACUUUUCUUUUUUCCAAAUUUUAUAAAAGAAAAAAAAAAUUAA